GUGAUGAAGAAUUUUUUAAAAUUAAAAAGCCGUCCUUCAAUGAAGUAACCUUUAGAAUUCAAAAGAAGAAAACCCUACUGCCUGCACAGACAGAAACUGAAGAAAGCAGAACAGAAAUCUGUCAGUUGAAGCCUAGAACUGGCAACACCAAAGGCACUUGUGAAGAAGAAGAAGAGGAGGAGGAGAAGGAGGGGGAUGAAAAUUACUCUUCACUAAGUGAGCACUACAACAGCUCAGACUCUGAAAAUGAAUCCAACUCUCUACAGAGGAGGAAGGAUUUAUCACCAGGUGGUAUCCCCGGUGCAGCUUGUGUUGAAGCUGCUCGGAGGAAACGUCACUUAGCCAGGACACGGGCUGAUUAUCUUCCCCUGGAUGUUUCAAACAGUCAUCAGGUCUCUUGGAGAAGAGAAAGCAGUGACUUUGAGAGUGAAGAUGAGUCUGAUACGAAGAAUCUCAGUUUUGCUCCUAAAAUGAGAACUCUUAGGCAGAGGAUCACUGAACACAUGGUGGCUGUGAGUGAUGAGUCAAGUGAAGAUGAAGCACGAAUUAAGUGGGAAGAACAGCAAAUAAAGAAAGCUGUUAAACUCUCUAAGGAAACUUACGAUCAUGCUUCCCUGCAUAAAUCUCAACGAGCUAAACCAAAGUUUGAUCCCUCUGUUCCUCUACCACCUGUCAACUUGGAAAUUGUGAAGAAGCGACUGACUGAAAGGAUCGCAUCGUUACAAGAUGUGCACAGUGUCCACCAGAGGGAGUAUGAAAAAUACAUGGAAGACAUUGAAAGUUCGAAGAUGACUGUCCAGGAGUUAGAGAAGUCUUCGGAUGCAGCUCUGAAUUACAAAUUCUACAGGGCCAUGAAAAUAUAUGUAGAAAACUUGAUAAACUGCUUGAAUGAAAAGCUGAAAUAUAUUAAUGAUCUAGAAUUGGCUGUCCAUGUACUUCUCCAGCAACGAGCCAUGAAAGUAUUGAAACGAAGGCAAGAUGAGCUGAAAAACGAAUCUGCUUAUAUUCAACAUCUGACAAGUGGGAAUGACAAACCAGCUGAUGGUGGUUUGGAAGGUGAUGAGAAGACAAAGCUUCUGGAAAUGUGUGAAAAUCGAAGGACUUGCAGGCGGCAAAUGAGAGAGCGUUCAGGAGAAGGUGAUCACCAUGAGGGCAUGUCGAGUGAUGAUGAACUGGCCCUGACAGAGGUGACCGAGUUCCAGAAGAGCAAAGAUAACAUUUUAGAGGAUAGUAGGAAAAUCUUUGAAGAUGUACAUACAGAUUUUUGUGACAUCAGAAAAAUCCUGUUGAAAUUCCAGGAAUGGAAAGAGAAGUUUUCUGACUCUUACUGUGAUGCUUAUAUCAGUUUCUGCCUGCCUAAGCUAUUGAAUCCAUUGAUCAGAGUUCAGUUAAUAAACUGGAAUCCUCUUGAGCAGAACUUAAAGGAUUUGGAAGAGAUGCCCUGGUUCAGAGCUCUAGAGGAAUUCAGUGACACCAAAAAUGUAUCUGAAACAAAAAGGGAUGAUGAUCCUGAUCUAGAAGUUUUGCCUAGAGUGAUUGAAAAAACUAUUCUUCCAAAAAUUACAGCAUUUGUAAAGAACAUGUGGGAUCCUUUAUCAACUUCUCAGACAAAGAACCUUGUACAGCUUUGCAAUAACAUCUUUGGAAAACAAAUCCUUUCCAAAAAUGAAUCCAGUCGAGCAAAAGAGGAUUUGUUGAAAAUGGUUGUCCUAAGAAUGAAGAAAUCCAUAGAGGAAGAUGUGUUUAUUCCUCUGUAUCCUAAAAGUGCUGUGGAAGACAAAUCAUCACUGUGUUCAAAAUUUCAAGAAAGACGAUUUUGGUCAGCUGUUAAGCUGCUCUCCAAUGUUCUUCUUUGGGACGGGAUUGUACAAGAAGAUACAGUCCGUGAUUUGGGACUGAGGAAGCUGCUGAAUCGUUACCUUCUUCUGAACCUCUUAAACACACCACCAGGGCCAGAUAAUAUAGAAAAGUGUAAUAAGGUGGUUUCGUGCUUCCCGGAAAGAUGGUUCCAAGAUCUUAAAAGUGGUUCCACUCUCCCUGAGUUACUGAACUUCUGUCAGCACUUGCUGCAGUGUGCCCGUUUGCUGCACAAGAACAACCACAGUGAUGAAACAAAAGAAGUUCUUCUCCUGCUGGUGAAAGUCAAAGCUCUGCAUAUUGUUGAAGACUUCAUUGAAGAGUACAAACUUGAACACCUUAAAUCGAUCAUUGGGAAAUAG